AUGAUUGACCAAGAGCUUCUUGUCUCUGUUGGAACUUACAUGGAGAGAAAUAGAGGGCACAGGAAUCAUGUUCUCGCAAUUGCAUGGUCACCAGAUGCUAAGUCACUCGUGAGUGGUGAUAAAGAUGGCAAAGUCUGUUGUUGGGAUCCAAUCAAAGGGGAGUUACAGGGCAAUCCACUUACAGGUCAUAGGAAAUGGAUUACUGGUAACGCGUGGGAACCGGUUCAUUUAAACUCUCCAAGCCGGAGAUUUGUGACUUGUAGCAAAGAUGGGGAUGCAAGGAUUUGGGAUUUGAAACUGAGGAGAUCUCUAAUCUGUUUGAGUGGACACACACGUGCUGUGACCUGUGUCAAAUGGGGUGGAGAUGGAACCAUAUAUACAGGCUCCGAAGAUUGUACGAUAAGGAUGUGGGAGACUACGCAGGGGAAGCUUAAACAUGUAUUGAAAGGGCAUGCGCAUUGGGUGAAUUCUCUUUCAUUGAGUACAGAGUAUGUACUUAGGACAGGAGCUUUUGACCACACUGGAAAAGAAAUAUCUUCAGAUGAAGAAAUGAAAAGGAUUGCUCUUGAAAGGUACAUGAAAGCAAAAGGGAAGGAUUCUCCUGAAAGAUUAGUGUCUGGUUCUGAUGAUUUCACAUUAAUCCUUUGGGAACCAUCUGUCAGCUUACAACCUAAAACCAGCUUAGAAGCUAGUAAAGAAGAUCGCUUGACGGGUCAUCAAAAGGUUGUUGUAAACCAUGUGUGUUUCUCACCAAAUGGGCAAUGGAUUGCAAGUGCAUCGUUCGAUCACUCUGUGAGGCUAUGGAAUGGUACCACAGGGGCUUUCGUUGCAAGAUUCCUUGGCCAUGUUAGAGAUGUUUAUCAGAUCAGUUGGUCCGCCGACAGUAGGAUGCUUUUGAGUUGCAGUCAAGAUUCUACUCUCAAGGUUUGGGAUAUUAGAACGAAAACGUUAAAACGUGAUCUUGCUGGUCAUGUGGCUGAGGUUUAUGCUGUGGAUUGGAGUCCAGAUGGUGAGAAAGUAGCCUCUGGUGGUAAAGAUAAAGUUCUCAAGCUAUGGAAAGGUUAA